GCUGUCAGCUCAGCUCUCGGUGAAGCUGACCGCGCGCAAUGGGCAGCGCGUGGGCGCUCGCCGCCGCGGCCGUAGCCGUGCUAGCGGCGGCGUGCCUGCUCAACGCGGUAGCGCGCCUCGUGUGGCGGCCGCGCGCCGUCGCCGCGGCGCUGCACCGGCAGGGCGUGCGCGGGCCGGGGUACAGGCUGUUCGUCGGGAGCCUCGGCGAGAUCAAGAGGCUCCGCGCCGCCGCCACCGUCGCGCUCGACGCCUCCUCCCACGACUUCAUCCCCUUCGUCCAGCCGCAGUUCCGCCAUUGGAUCCCCCUCUACGGGCGAGUGUUCCUGUGCUGGUUUGGAUCGACGCCGGAAAUCUGCGUGGGCGACGUCGGCUUGGCGAAGCGGGUGCUCUCGGACAGGACGGGGCUGUUCCCCAAGAACGUCACGAGCCCGGUGCUGCUCAAGCUGCUCGGCAACGGGCUCGUGCUGGCCAACGGCGACGAGUGGCAGCGCCACAAGAAGGUCGUCCACCCCGCCUUCAACACGGACAAGCUCAAGACGAUGACCGCGACAAUGGCCGGCUGCGCGCGGUCGAUGGUGGCGAGGUGGGAGGAGGAGGUGGCCAGCCAUGGCGGGCGGGCGGUGAUCGAGCUGAGCGGCCAGUUCGAGGAGGUGACUGCAGAUGUGAUCUCUCACACGGCGUUCGGGAGCAGCUACGCGGAGGGGAAGCAGGUUUUCAUGGCGCUCAGAGAGCUCCAGUUCAUCACCUUCUCCACCCUCCUCAGCGUCCAAAUCCCGGGCUCCAGGUAUUUUCCCACCAAGAAAAAUCUGAGAGUGUGGAUGCUGGACAAGAAGGUGAGGAGCACGCUGAUGGAGAUCAUCAACAACAGGCUCGCCGCGAAGGAGAAGGCCGGCGGCUACGGCGACGACCUGCUUGGGCUGAUGCUGGAGGCCUCCGCGCCGGCGCCGCCGGAGCACGGGGAGAGCCGGGCGCCGCUGCUGAGCAUGGGCGAGAUCAUCGACGAGUGCAAGACCUUCUUCUUCGCGGGGCAGGAGACCACCUCGCACCUCCUCACCUGGACCAUGUUCUUGCUGAGCACGCACCCGGAAUGGCAGGAGAAGCUCCGGCAAGAGGCGGUGAGAGAGUGCGGCUGCGGUGGCGGCGACCGGCUCCCCACCUACGACAUGCUCUGCAAGCUGAAGCUGAUGAACCUGUUCUUGCUGGAGACGCUGCGGCUGUACAGCCCGGUGCCGCUGAUCCGGAGGAGGACGCGAGCUCCCGUCGAGAUGGGCGGCUUCACGGCGCCGGCGGGCGCGAUCCUGACGCUCCCGAUCGCGACGAUGCACCGCGACGAGGAGGUCUGGGGCACCGACGCCGGCGUGUUCGACCCGACGAGGUUCGACGGCGCCGCCGGCCGCCGCGGCGGCAAGAAGGCCGCGCUGCUGUCCUUCUCCCUGGGCCCGAGGGCGUGCAUCGGGCAGAGCUUCGCCAUGGUCGAGACCAAGGCCGCCGUCGCGGCGAUCCUCCGGCGGUUCAGGCUGGCGCUCUCGCCGGAGUACGUGCACGCGCCGACCGACGUCAUCACGCUCCGGCCCAAGCACGGGCUCCCCAUGAUCGUGACGAGCGUCCACACCUGACGUGGAUGCAGAUCAGCAAUUCGUCGUUACAGAUUUGUACAGUACUACUAGCAAGAAAAUAAAUUUUUGAAGGAUUUAGGACAUUAGCGUCCCCUCUCUUUCCGCUUCUACUCACGCUUAUAA